GUGCUCAACGUCUUGGCAGCUGUUCCGUCGGUCAGAAGCGUUGUCACUUGCGCUAGAAACGAAGACAACUCCAGAUAAUGUAGACGUGAGCUACCCGCCUCCUCACGAUGUUCCGCGUGUAGGCACGCGAAAUUUGAAAAAGCAUUAACGUAUUGGUCAGUUUUCUUGCAGCGUGUUUAUACAAAGGCAAAAAGUCAAAAAAAGGAUAAUGUUCUGUGUACUGAAACACUUGGUGCUGUGCGGUUUGCUCGAAGGAUUCGUUUUGGGUGUUCUGGCAUCAAAGCAGGACAUCGGUCAACCUGAUUGCAGUUACGAUUACCUCGAUCGUUGUGGUCAGGAUCUAUUUUUAUGGCACACCGACGCGGAUAACGUUAGAGCACCAAUCACCGCCACAGAACUUGAAGAGCACUGCGAGCGUCAGGACGCAGCUGAAACAUGUGUCCGAGCACGAGCCGAAAACUGCACGGCUGGGCUGGUAAAAGGUACAAUCAGAUUUUUCCUUGAUGCGAUUCGUGAUGAGUUCGAGACUCGUUGCGAUCCUACAACGGCUCAGCAUGACGCAUAUUUACGCAUCGCGCCUUGCUUGAACAAGCUCUCUGAUAAACUGCGCAACUGUUCGAUUGAUUUCAUUCUGUCAACAGACAGAGCUGCCAACGACUCUAUCGGAAAACCCUUGCGAGAAAAGAUUCCGCCGGUGUGUUGUAAUUUCGCUUUCUACACCGAAUGUAUGUGCACCGCAGUUCGAACGUGUGGCGAAGAUGCUGAGACUUUCAUGCGCUCUAUUCUGACCACUAUUGCCGGAGAUUUCGUCAAUGGAGCCUGUGGUUCGUACGAACCGAAUAGCGAAGUCUGUAAGCUGCACAAGAGACAAAACAAAAACAUAGCUACCUCGCUAGAGAACAGCAGUUAUAAGGAUAUUCACACGUUUGUCUCGGCUCUAGACAAACUCGCCAUAUCACUCAGUUCACGCUAAAAGCUAAUUAUGGAAUGUAUAAAGAAGAUGGUCUCAGAAAGGUUGCACUAAGGUUUAAUGACCUAAUCAAGCGGCAGUUGUUAGGCGAUUUUAAAUCGAAAUACAAUUUCAGUAUUACGAUCUUUGAAAUGAUCAAAAAUAAUAUAAAUUAAAGGAAUCGUAGAUUUGCAGCAACCGUUGUAGAAGAACUAGGUUUAAGGUAACUCAAGGUAAGGUUCUGUAGUUGCUGUUGAUGCUUGAAAAGUAUGUUCUGAAAAAUGCAAGACCUUCAUUUCCACUCACCGUUCAACUGGCAGCUAACUUCUAAGUUAUACGACAAAAAAUUAGCGUUUUCUUGUAAUGAUAUAGGAUUUACAUUUUUGUCUAUAAGUGUAUACGUGAUAAGAAUUAUAUAGGCCGUAAAUAAAUAAUGACUAAUGCAACUUUUUA